AUGUCCUUCGAGCUCGGCAGACGUCCCAAGGCGAGCGCGGGGCCUCCGGAAAGCCUAGAGCCGGGCUGGCCGCCCCGCACCACCUCCCGGCCUCCGUCCGCCCCUGACGUCAUCACCCCGCGCCGCCCGCCAGUCGCCGGGGAGACGGCAGGGGGCGCUCCCGGGUGGGUCGCGCGCGUGCGUGUCCGCAUUCCGGGAGGUGGAGAGACCCGGGCGCCGACCCCUGGGUCAGAGCGUGGCCGGCACCAGACCCCGCCCCACACACCGCCGACCCCCGACCCCCCUCGAGACCCCGCCCCACACACCGCCGACCCCAGACCCCCCUCCAGACCCCGCCCCACACACCGCCGACCCCCCUCCAGACCCCGGCCCCACACACCGCCGACCCCCGACCCCCCUCCAGACCCCGACCCCCGACCCCCUCCAGACCCUGGCCCCACACACCGGCGACCCCCGACCCCCUCCAGACCCCGACCCCCCUCCAGACCCCGGCCCCACACACCGCCGACCCCCAACCCCCCUCCAGACCCCGGCCCCCCUCCAGACCCCGGCCCCACACACCGCCGACCCCAGACCCCCCUCCAGACCCCGGCCCCCGACCCCCCUCCAGACCCCGACCCCCCUCCAGACCCCGGCCCCACACACCGCCGACCCCCAACCCCCCUCCAGACCCCGGCCCCCCUCCAGACCCCGGCCCCACACACCGCCGACCCCCGACCCCCCUCCAGACCGACCCCGACCCCCGACCCCCCUCCAGACCCUGGCCCCACACACCGGCGACCCCCGACCCCCCUCCAGACCCCGACCCCCCUCCAGACCCCGGCCCCACACACCGCCGACCCCCGACCCCCCUCCAGACCCCGGCCCCCGACCCCCCUCCAGACCCCGACCCCCCUCCAGACCCCGGCCCCACACACCGCCGACCCCAGACCCCCCUCCAGACCCCGGCCCCCGACCCCCCUCCAGACCCCGACCCCCCUCCAGACCCCGGCCCCACACACCGCCGACCCCCAACCCCCCUCCAGACCCCGGCCCCCCUCCAGACCCCGGCCCCACACACCGCCGACCCCCGACCCCCCUCCAGACCCCGACCCCCGACCCCCCUCCAGACCCUGGCCCCACACACCGGCGACCCCCGACCCCCCUCCAGACCCCGACCCCCCUCCAGACCCCGGCCCCACACACCGCCGACCCCCGACCCCCCUCCAGACCCCGACCCCCCUCCAGACCCCGGCCCCACACACCCCGCCCGACCCCCGACCCCCCUCCAGACCCCGGCCCCACACACCGCCGACCCCCAACCCCCCUCCAGACCCCGACCCCCCUCCAGACCCCGGCCCCACACACCGCCGACCCCCGACCCCCCUCCAGACCCCGGCCCCACACACCGCCGACCCCAGACCCCCCUCCAGACCCCGACCCCCGACCCCCCUCCAGACCCCGACCCCCGACCCCCCUCCAGACCCCGGCCCCACACCUCGCCGACCCCAGACCCCCCUCCAGACCCCGGCCCCCCACACCGCCGACCCCAGACCCCCCUCCAUACCCCGGCCCCCCACACCGCCGACCCCAGACCCCCCUCCAGACUUCGGCCCCCCACACCGCCGACCCCAGACCCCCCUCCAGACUUCGGCCCCCCACACCGCCGACCCCAGACCCCCCUCCGACCCCAGACCCCCCUCCAGACCCCGGCCCCCCACACCGCCGACCCCAGACCCCCCUCCAGACCCCCGACCCCCCUCCAGACCCCGGCCCCCCACACCGCCGACCCCAGACCCCCCUCCACACCCCGACCCCACACACCCCCGACCCCAGACCCCCCUCCAGACCCCCGACCCCCCUCCAGACCCCGACCCCACACACCCCCGACCCCAGACCCCUGACCCCAGACCCCCCUCCAGACCCCGGCCCCCCACACCGCCGACCCCAGACCCCCCUCCAGACCCCGACCCCCGACUCCCGACCUCUCAUACCCUCCUCCAGACCCCCGACCCCAGGUCGCCCAUCCAGACCCCGACCACACACACCCCCGACCCCAGACCCCCUCCAGACCCCGGCCCCCCACACCGCCGACCCCAGCCCCCCUCCAGACCCCGACCCCCACACCCCGUCCAGACCCCCGACCCCACACCCCGACCCCAGACACCCCGUCCAGACCCCCGACCCCCCUCCAGACCCCGACCCCACACACCCCCGACCCCCGACCUCUCUCCAAUCCCCGACCCCCACACCCCGACCCCAGAUCCCCCUCCAGACCCCGACCCCCCACACCCCCGUCCAGACCCCGCCCCCCCAGAUUCCCGAUCCCCAGACCCCGUCCAGACCCCCUGA